AUGGCUAUCCCAACCCAAGCGCGGACUACCACGUCUUUCAUCUUCCGCCGACGGCCGACACCUGAGGGAUCAUCGCCUUGGGAGGACAUAUUCUUCAUCUACCCGGUGGAAUCCGACGAGCUUUCUCAGGCCCUCAGGGAUGCAUAUCCACAAUGUUCAACCCUCCGUGAACGAAAGCAUCAGGCAGUUAUCGAUUUCCUUAGUGAAGAGCUUCGCCAGAUGAAAUGCAAGGCUCCCGACCCUUCUCCCGUUUUUUCAAAUGCCGACCUCCCUCAACACGCUCAGCGAGAUGACUUGAGCGCGUUCAACGAUGAGUUGUCAAAUUCCAGCCGGCAGCACAGCACUUCCACGUGCACGUCUCCGUCCGUGUCCUCGGUCCGCUCGUCUGUUAUUGCCGAUCGAUCUGCUCGCCAUGCCGCCUUUCUUAUGGCGUACAACGCCGAACCGGCUGUCUCGACCAUUACGAAGCCGACCGCAGAUCCAGGCGCAUCAGGAAAAGUUAAUUCGGCGGUUGCCGCCCAGCAAUUUGUGUUUAGCGCACAUGAUGGGCGGGCGAUGCGACCGAAGACAAAGCGAAAGAUGACCUUAGAAGAGCGGAGUGCUUACAAGGAAACGAGGAAAAGAGGCGCAUGUGACAAGUGCAGGAGGCAGAAAGGAAGAUGCACUCACGUGAACGAAGGAGAUACUGAGAUGGCCGUGAUAGAACAUGUCAAUAAGGUUGCAAAGAGAAACCUCUCAACCGGAUUCGAUCGAGGCGCGCAAGAAGGGGUUCGGCCAAUCAAGAUUGAGCUUUCCCCGACCGUACACGUGGCCCAUUCGACACACAACGAUCCUCAGCCCACAAAUACAGUACAGCAAAUUGACACCAACCGGGCACUAGGACCUGACAACAAUGGUCCCCUGCCGCAAGGCGACGACGGUUGGGAAAGCGUAGAAGGGUACGUACAGUCUGAGCCGAACCUAGACCCGCUUUACAUGUCGGGGGCCCAAGCCGAUGAGCCAUGGUCACCUUUUUCUGGUCGGGAUCCGGCGGAGCCGUACAUGUCCGGAUAUCCUGAGGAGUCUAGCGUAGCUAGAAGUGCUUUCUUAUCUCCGUCUAUGGUCACCCCGCCUUCUGCCAGCCUCACGUUUCAAUCUGGCCAUCCCUUUUAUGGAUCUCCGUGGUCCAAUAGCCAGGACCAGCCAAUGGGAGGCCCCGCACCAACGUGA